AUGAAUAAAGGAAAUUUGAAUAAAAAAGGUAAAAUUAGUUACAGGCCUUAUUUAGUUUCUUCAAAUAAAAAAAAUGCAAAAAAAGUAGUUAUUAAUCGAUAUGCAAAAGGAAGUAACAAAUAUCGAGCCAAAAAUUUAUCUGAAAAUAUAUAUAAAUCUACUGAAAUAGUGGAUGAAGAUAGAAACAAUGAUGAAUGGAUAGAUAUUGAUAUUAUAAAAGAAGAUGAAAACUAUAGUUCUGCUAAAAAUACAUAUAAAAAUGCUCAAAAAAAUUUGUCCGAAAAUUGGAGAAAAAUCUCACCAAAAUUAUUUGACAUUAUGAUAGAAAAUAAUGCAAUUAAUAAGGACUCCAAAUGCUUCAAAUGUAAUUCACCUGCCAUUUGUUAUUGUUUAGAUUGUGGUCUUAAUACUUAUUUGUGUUUAGAGUGUAAUACUUUAUAUCAUAAGGAUAUAAAUUUAUUUCAUAGAAAAGUUUUUAUAAGUAUUAUUUUUGAUAAAGAAGAAAUAAAACUACCACAAUUAUGUACAGGAUUUUGUGAGCAUGAAAUUAAGGAAAUAUCAAUCAUUAAUUUAAAAGGAAUAUUUAAAGCAAAAUUUCCAACUUGUGAAGGUUUGGUUGAAACAUUAAUCAGGCAUAAAUUAUUUCCUUCCACCCCUAUAAAUCCACAAGUUGCUUUCUCAUUUGAAUUAUUUGAUAUUUAUCAAGAAUUAUUACUCGAAGCACAUGUAUCAUAUCUUUCAUUUUGUCGAGUAUUAGAAUCAUUAUUCUCUGAUCAAGAUAUAACUAGAAACAUAUAUUAUCUUUUUAAAUCUGCUUUUCAUCAAUAUUUAGGAUUAAAAACUAUGAUUGAAAAUACUAUUAAUAAGUUAUUUAGUAGUAAAUCACAAUUUAAUUGUCCAGCUUGUCCACAGCCAGAAGAGAAAAACUCUAAAAUUAUAAUUGCAUUGGAUGCUAAUUUUCAACUUAAACGAAUGAAAAGUGCUGGUUCUAAUAUUGGUGAAAGAAUAAUUGAAGAAUCAUUUAUUUUAAACCAAAAUAAAUAUGAUGAAUGGGUACAAAAUUCGAUUAAUUUAAGUUCAUUAAAUACAUUAAAUAUAAAUAAUAAUAAUGCGCAAAUAAAUGUAUGUGACAGCCAUUUUAAAGCGGCUAAUCAAACAAAAGCAAACCUUAAAUCCAAUUAUUUGGACGAUACAGGAAUAUUUGGAAGUACAUGUAGGCACGGCAUUCCUUUAAAAUUUAUUAAUUUAAAAGGAAUUGGUGAAAGAUUUUCUUUAGCAGAAUAUAUUUUAUCAGAUUUACAUAAUAUGUUUUAUGAAGAUUCUUCUACAUUUAUUGUCUUAUAUGAUAUUGCAUGCAAUCUUCAUUCACAUGUAGAAAAAAGUGAAAGUAGACUUUUUCCAUUCAAAUCUCGAUUUAAUUGGUGUGUUUCAAUAUUUCAUGCCUAUGCACAUUCAAUGAAAUGCCAAUUAAAUUACCACCCAAGGGCUUGUAAUUCCAUAGGAUUAACUGAUGGGGAAAGUUUAGAAAGACUGUGGUCAUAUUUAGGACGCUUUUCUUCUACAACAAGAUAUAUGAGACCACAUCAUAGAUUGGAUAUUUUAGAAAAAGGAAUUCAGCAUAUAAGUAGAAAAAUGAUUAGUAAUUUAGCAUGUAACUUAGUUAAAAGGUUUAAAAAUGCUUAUAAAAUAAUGAAUGUAUCAGUAAAAAUAUUAAAAGAAAUGGAACAAAUGCAUGGAAUUGAUGAAAGUAAAAUACUUUAUUAUAUUCAGUGCCAGUAUGAAUCCAAUUUUGUUUUUAGGCAACAUUUAAUUGGAAAAGAGUUGUAUUUCUUAAACCUAAUGGAAUUACAUCUAUAUGAGAUUGAAAUAUCAAAAGCUAACUCUGAAAGACAGUUGGAAUCAUUAAAAAGAUCUCGCUCAUUAUAUAUAAAAAAAGUUGAAAAAUGUGAAUCAGAUUUAGAUAUACCUGAAUCAAAAAGAUGGAAUCCAUUUAAUCCUAUAUAUUCCAAAUAUUUUCAUGAUUAUUGUGAACGUAAUUUGGAUUUAAUUUCUGAUAAGCUUAGAAAAUUUCGUAAUGAAUAUAUAUUUAAAAAUUCACAAUUAUAUAAUCAAGACCAUAUAGGUCAUAAGUUAACAUUAAAAAUUAAAUCAAGUAUUAAAGAUAUUUCAAAACAAAUUGAAAUAAACAUUUCAUAUUAUGAAUAUUUCAGAUUACUUGCACAAGAAAAUUCAUUUUGUAAAGAUUAUCCAAAAGCAAUAUUUAAUGAAAUAGUUAAUCAUACGUCAGAUUUUUGGCAAAUAUUAGAUAUAUCAAUUAAUGAUAAAAUGGAUAAUAUACCUCGAAUAGUUAUAUUCAAUUCAAUUAAAAAUUUUAAUAAUUUACAACGGUCUAAAGAAGAAAUAUCAUUAAUUGUGCAAGAAUUAAAAAGAUUAUAUGAUUUCUGGAUGAAUUAUAAAAUUAAAAUUGAAAAUAAAUUACAACAAUUACAACAAUUUAAUGAAAAAACUACAAAAAAUUAUGGAAUGAUUUGUAUUUUGAUGAAAUAUUAUAAAAAUGUAAGUAAAAAUUUAGAAAAUUGUCAGAUAGCUUUAAACAAAAUUGAAAAUUACAAAGUGAAUAAUACUGUACAAGUAGUAGAUGUUCCAAUUUAUGAUUUAAUUAAUGAGAUUGAGGAAGAUAAUCUUUUAAAAGGAGAUUUAGCAGAAAAUUUAACUGAAUUAGAAAUUUGUGAUAAUGAAGAAUGUAUAGAAUAUGAAGGGGAAAUAGUAGAUAAAAGUAAAGAUUGUGAAGAAGAAAUAAUAACAGAAGGUGAAAGUAUGGAUUAUAAAAUAGUAUAAUCGAUCCAAA